UUAAUGUAAGAGUCGUGUGCAGACGGGUGUUUGGACAGUCACUGCUAAUAGCAGCUAAGCAGUGUCACAGACUCAAAAAGCUGUUUCCAGAGUUAACGAAGUGUUAAAUUCCCUGCCUUUAACACGUCGUUAAUAACGUGUGCUGUCGUGGUCAUUAAAGCACUUAAAUAUGAAUAUAAGACUUGUUCGCGAACUUCACAAGUGUUUGAUAGCUAAUCUAGCGGCUAGCAUUAGCAGCUUCCGCAAUAACAGUGACACUUGACUCACCUGAGAGUCUGAUAAAGCUUCAGUUUCUGAUUCCUGUCCCCCUUGGCGAUAGAAUCAUGGGAGGAAUGAAAUGAGACGGGAUUUCUAUUGGAAACUAAAUUCUAUUUUUGAUCAUCAAGAUCCCUUGGGCUUAGUUACAAAUGAUGAUAGCAGUAUCAGUGGAGCUCCUGUAAACAUUUAAUCAGAAUUAAUUUUUACUGUGAUUUGAAACAAGGUGCCACUGCCGAGAGGACGCAGAAUGCAGACUAUUAAGUGUGUUGUGGUGGGCGAUGGGGCAGUGGGCAAGACCUGCCUCCUCAUCUCCUACACCACCAACGCCUUUCCCGAGGAGUACAUCCCCACCGUGUUCGACAACUACAGCGCUCAGAUGAGCGUGGACGGCCGUACGGUCAGCCUCAACCUGUGGGACACGGCGGGGCAGGAGGAGUACGACCGCCUGCGCACACUCUCCUACCCGCAGACCAACGUCUUCAUCAUCUGCUUCUCCAUCGGCAGCCCCUCGUCCUUCGCCAAUGUACGGCACAAGUGGCACCCCGAGGUGUCCCACCACUGCCCCAGCGUUCCCAUCCUGCUGGUGGGCACCAAGCGGGACCUGCGCUCGGACGCGGAGACGCUGAAGAAGCUGAAGGAGCAGGGCCUGGUGCCCACCUCUCUCCAGCAGGGCGGCGCUCUGGCCAAGCAGAUCGGCGCUGUCAAGUACAUGGAGUGCUCUGCCCUGCUGCAGGAGGGAGUGCGGGAGGUGUUUGUGGAGGCCGUGCGCGCCGUGCUCUACCCCGUUACCAAAAAACACGCCAAGAAGUGUGUGCUCUUAUAGUCGGCCGUGACAGAGAUGAACUUGUGAACAAGCUGCGCAGCCGCUCUCGCUCUUUUCUUCGUCUCUCAUUGCCUUGUAAAUCUGUCUGUUGAAGUUGCUUGCCUGUUUUUUUUUUUAAUUGUUGUUGUUGUUGAUUAAUAACAGUUUGUUGCCAGUAGGGGCGCGACGAUAAAUCAAUUAGAUUCUGCGAUUUUCCGAAUGCAUCGCGAUUCUCUCUUGAAUUGAUUCUGAUUCUUAGUUCUGAACAGCAGAUGGCGCUGCGUGCUUCAGAAACAGCUAAACUCUGCUCGCUUCCAGUUCCUUACUCGCACACCACUUGAACAUAAAGUAAUCAUUCAUAAAGUUCUUAAAGGUUGAAGCGAAUUACAGUGGGCUGUGUUUACAUUAAUCUCAUGUCAUAAAA